UUCGAAAAAGAAAAAAAAAAUGUCGAAAAAGAAUAAACUCAAACAAUUUUGUAAUUGUAGAAUUUUACGUAACGGUCAGAUUUUAAUGGAGGAUUUAUGGGUUCGCGAUGGAAAGAUCAUAGAUCCAGAAAAAAUAUUUUACGACGAACAAAUUAUUCCUGAUUAUGUAAUCGAUUGUCAGGAUGCUUUAAUAUCACCAGGAUAUAUUGAUCUUCAGGUCAAUGGCGGCUUUGGUGUUGAUUUUUCCCACAAUAUCGACAAUGUUGAAGUGGGUAUUAAUAAAGUGGCGAAAAAUUUAUUAGAACACGGAGUGACUGCCUUUUGUCCAACAAUUGUGACAUCAUCCAAAGAAACAUAUCGAAAGGUACUUCCAAAAAUUACAAGAACAAAUGGCGGAAUAUCGGGCGCUGCAAUUUUGGGUGUUCAUGUCGAAGGUCCAUUUAUAAGUCCUCGUAAAAAGGGAGCGCACGAGGAAAUUUUGAUUCGACAAUUUGAUCAGGACUUUCAGAGUGUUCUUGAUAUCUAUGGCGAUUUAAAUAACGUAUGUUGCGUUACGUUGGCACCGGAAAUUCCUAAUGCCUUAUCAGUGAUAAAGGAAUUACAACGAAGGAAUAUCAUGAUAUCUGUUGGACACUCAAUUGCAAAUUUAAAAGAGGGCGAGGAAGCUGUUAAACAUGGAGCUUCAUUUAUCACACAUCUUUUUAACGCUAUGCUUCCGUUUCAUCACAGAGAUCCCGGAUUAGUUGGUCUUCUAACGUCAGAUCAAAUACCAUCGGGAAAAAUUAUUUACUAUGGAAUAAUUGCCGACGGUGUGCACACACAUCCGGCUGCUUUGAGAAUUGCCCAUCGCACGCAUCCUCAAGGAUUGGUGCUAGUUACUGAUGCGAUUUCAGCUUUGGGCUUGAAAGAUGGAAUCCAUAAAUUGGGCCAAUUGGAAAUUGAAGUCAGACAUAGUAGAGCAUAUAUCGCAGGGACCGAUACUCUUUGCGGUAGCAUUGCCAACAUGUCAGAAUGUGUUCAAUUUUUCAAAGAAGCCUCAGGAUGUACAAUUAUGGAGGCUUUACAGGCAGCAACUCUACAUCCUGCGAGAUCUUUGAAAAUUGAUUCACAAAAGGGAGUUCUUAAUUUUGGUGCCGACGCCGAUCUUAUAAUGCUCAAUGAUAAAUUGGAAGUUCUCUCAACGUGGAUCGCUGGUGAAUGCGUUUUUGAACGUAAAUCCCAAAAUACUCACACAAUGAUGAAAAACUGAAAAUUCCAUUUAUAAAAAAAGUAAUUUUGUCACAAAUACUAAACAAAUUGGAUAUUUCGAAAAAAAUAUUUUUUUAGAAAAACUACUUUGUAUUUUAAAAGUAUAUUUUUAAUGUAUCAACUUUUAUAAGCAUUCCAGACUGAUAACAUACUUUGAUGUACUUGUAUAUUAUCUAUAAAAAAUGUUUUGUAAAAUUUUUGUAAAUCAAAAUUUCAUUAUUUUUUUAAAAAUGUUUUGUUUACUUCGAA